AUUAACUGUCAAAACAACACCCGUAAAAUCAAAACAAAAAAAUGUAAGAAUUAUUUUUUUAACGGAGACAAUCGAACAGACACUAAAAUCGUUUUCAUUAUUAAAAUAUGUUCUAAUAGUCGCAAUGGAUGAGCUGCAUUUGAUCAAUGAACUUAAUAAUGAAGAAAAAUGUAAAAGUAUGCCAAGUUUUUUGAAUUGCCUGAAUAAAUAUUAUGCCGAAAAGACUAUUUUACCGUCACAGACUUUAACAGCAGACCUGAUUAAUAAGGAAUUAAUAGAUGAGAUUUAUAAUAUUUCCGGAAAUAUAUCAGUGUUCUUUGGCAAAACAUUAAGAGAUCUGAAAUGUAAUUUAAUUGAUGAAGAAGGUUUGAGAGAACAUGAAAUAUAUCUUAGAUAUAACAGUCAUCAUAAACUUACUGUAACUGAUGUAAAACUUCCACAUUCUUCAUAUCAAGACAGAGAAUAUUCUUCUAUUGAAGAGGUUACGACAGUAUUUCGUGACUACAUAAAGAGUUUAACUGCAUAUUUUCGAGAAUUAGAAAAUAUUGACGAUCAAUGCACUGUGGUAGAACCUAUCAAACCUACCUUUAAAGAUGAUUAUCGAAGAAUUUUACUUGAUGGCAGGACUUGGUUACACAUAGAAGUAACACUUGAUGGCUCUGCAAGAAACAUCCAUCUAAUAAGACAGUCUGAACAGCUGUAUGAUAAAUUACACACUGGACUAUUGACCUGGGACCAUGACAAAAAUAUUGUUGAAAAUAUUAAUUGUAUAUUUGAUCUGACAAAUAUUCCUGAAAAUCAAGUAAUGCAUACAGAAAAACUAGAUAAUCAAACUGAGGUGCCCUCUUGUUGUAUAUGUUUUUGUGUAGACUUGGUAGAAUGUCAAGGACUACCACAGCCAUUGUGUCAAAAUCCUGGAUGUGAUGCAUAUUAUCAUAAAUACUGUUUAUUUCAGUGGUUAGUGGCAUGUGAGGGAGGUCGAUUGCCAGCUUUUGGAGUAGCUUACGGUAGUUGUCCAACUUGCAGUAAACCAAUUACAUGCAGUGAAUAACUAGAAUUAAUGAGUAUAAUUUUUUAAUAAAUGUAAAUAUAAUAUUU